CUUGUGGUACGUUUUCAACGGUAUUUGAUUCAAUCUCCGCCAUGUCAUUGUUGAGAAACACAGCUAACUCGGGUAUCAAGCGUUCAAUUUCAGAGUCUGAUGGUGUUGUACCUGUUAAGAGGUCKCUUUCYCGYUCGUUUUCUUUGUCAAACAAUCAAAAUGGCCACCACCAUCACCACCGUCAUUYACACCAUGGUCAUCAUCGGGACAAGAACAAGAACACUGCCAUCAUGCACCAACGGUUUAACCUUCCUAUCUAUCCGGCAAGGAAAGCGUURAUAACAGARAUACGUAGUAAAGACAAUGUUGUWGUUGUUGGUGAAACUGGCAGCGGAAAAACAACGCAAAUACCGCAAUAUUUGUAUGAAGCAAAGUUUGCCAAAGAAGGGCUGAUAGCCUGCACUCAACCACGACGAGUUGCUGCUAUUAGUAUAGCUCAAAGAGUAGCUAAGGAAAUGGCCGUUGAAGUAGGUCAAGAAGUGGGCUAUACUGUAAGGUUUGAAGAUGUAACAUCACCCAGAACUAAAAUCAAAUACAUGACUGAUGGUAUGCUCCUUAGAGAAGCAAUUGGGGACCCCUUACUGAAAAGAUAUGCUGUUAUCAUACUUGAUGAAGCUCAUGAGAGAACCAUACACACAGACGUUCUCUUUGGUGUUGUGAAAGCUGCACAAACUAUGAGAAAACAUCAAGGACUUCAUCCUUUAAAGAUAAUCAUCAUGUCUGCUACUCUAGAAGCUGAACACUUUUCCAGAUACUUUAGCAAUGCUGAAGUAUUGUACAUAGAGGGGAGACAGCACCCCAUACAAGUCAUGUACACAGCCGACGCCCAAGUGGACUAUAUACAUGCUGCACUAGUCACUAUUAUGCAGUUACAUCAAGACCAACCACCAGUAGGUGAUAUAUUGGUAUUUUUGACUGGUCAAGAAGAGAUAGAAUCCUUAGCCAGAUUAGUCAGUGAUUGUGCAGAACAUUGUUCASCAGAUUGCCCAAAGUUGGUAGUAUGUCCUAUGUUUGCAGCACUACCAUCAAGCCAACAAAUGAAGGUAUUUCAGCCAGCAACACCCUGGACUCGUAAAGUGGUUUUAUCAACUAAUAUAGCAGAGACAUCAGUAACUAUUCCUGGUGUGAAGUAUGUAAUAGAUACUGGUUAUGUCAAAGCUAAAGGAUUUCACCCUAAGACAGGUCUUGAUAUGCUGCGAGUUCAGCCAGUGUCCAAGGCACAGGCACGUCAGCGACUGGGCAGGGCUGGUCGAGAAUGUAGUGGUACAUGUUACCGGUUGUACACAGAAGACCAGUUUGACAAACUGCAAGAAAUGACUAUACCAGAAAUCCAGCGCUGUAAUUUAGCUAGUGUUAUACUGCAACUUGUUGCAUUAGGAAUCAAUGAUGUUGAAAAAUUUGAUUUUAUGGAUAAACCUGAUGGAAAUGCCAUUAAGAAGGCUCUGGAACAACUCUCUCUUCUGGAUGCUUUAGAAAAACAGCAGGAAGGCUAUAAGCUUUCUUUUAUUGGUCACAAAAUGGCAAACUUUCCCCUAGAGCCCAGACUAUCUAAAGUUAUUCUUGAGGCAGAGAAACUUGGAUGUACUGAAGAAAUUCUAACAGUUGUUGCACUUUUAUCUGUGGACUCAAUAGUUUACACUCCACACAACCAAAGAGAACGUGCAAACACUGUGCGUAAGAAAUUUCUGUCAUCUGAAGGAGACCAGAUUUCUCUGCUGAACAUCUACCGUGCAUACAAAUCAAGUGGAAUGGAUAAGACCUGGUGUCAUGAGCAUUUUAUCAACACUAGGGUCAUGAAACUUGUYAUUGAUAUUCGUAAACAACUACGAGAGAUCUGUGGGAGGCUAGAUAUCAACUUGAAAUCGUGUGGUAAAGACACUGGGCUGGUACGGCAGAGUAUUGCUAGGGGAUUGUUUAUGAAUGCUGCAGAGCUGCAACUUGAUGGCACUUAUCAGACUGUUACACACCGUGAGACAGUAGCCAUCCAUCCGUCAUCAUCAUUGUUCAUGUCAAAGGCACCAUAUGUAGUAUAUAAUGAGUUAAUUCAUACUUCAAAGUGUUAUAUGAGAGAUGUCUGUUUGAUAUCUCCUGAKUGGCUGCUUGAGGCUGCACCAAAGUACUUCCAGGAACAUCGCAUUAAACCACUACCAACCUCAUUGCCGUCAUAAGACAAAAUUACUUCUACUGUAUCCUUGCAUAAAUUAUAAGACCAUAAGACAARAUUACUUCUACUGUAUCCUUGCAUGCAUUAUAAGAGCAUAAGACAAAAUUACAUUUUAUUUGAGGCAACUAACUAUGGCUAGAAUCCUUACCCACAUUGUAAUGGUAAUGCCCUCAGUGUUUAUACUCAUAGUACUUUGGUGUUAAGAUAAUAAUUUUUUUUCUUUCAUAUUUACUUACAAUGAGAGUACUUUCUUGUUCAUCCUACCAUUCUUGUAUAAAAUCUCUAAACCAUAUCCUGUAUUCAUGCAGAAAUAUGUUGAACCAGCUUAAACCAGUUUAUUAUCAAGAAACAAUUUAAUCUAUAUUUUCUACACAUCAUGUUUUAGGUAGAGAGACACAAUAUGAAUAUUUGCUUGCAAUAUACGACUUCCAGUCUUAUGACAUCAUUCACUGUAGUUAUCUAUCGUUUUACCUGGCUAGUAUAGUAUAUGAUCAAACUGGGGCAUGCGCACACACGAUACUAGGCGUACGUGAGAACGAUAAAGACUCUAUGUAAACAGUUGAUUGAAAUAUAUGAAAACCACAGAUUACAAAAUAGUAAACAUUGAUAAGAAAUAAAAAAUACAAAGUUAGAAUAAAAAUAGAUGAAAAAGCA